CUAUUCAGUGGAGGAGUCCGAACGAGCCGGGGGACUGGGCUCAUACCUCCCACCGCCUGCAAAGAGGUCCAAACCGAACCCAACAUUGAUUGAGGACGACAUCAAGAUCGCAGACGACUAAUUUCUAAUCACAAAAUUUACCAUAUUCACAGUUAUAGAAAUAAAUAAGCCUAUCUUUAAAUAAAUUGCUGCAAUGCUGAAGUCGCUACUUCGAAUCCCUUCCCCUGGCUCGCCUGCUGCUACCUUUGUCAAAUCCGAAUCCUAUUCAUACAUUCCCAACAACAAGCAAAAUCCUAAAUUUGAGACUGCUUCCUCAGUUGUUGGCAAUUUUUCUUUAAAAUAUGUCGACCAUAAAAAUUGCGUGUAUCCUUUGUACACUAUUCCACCGUCAAUCAAAAGGCUUUCUCAAUUUCCACUUCUUCAAAUAUCAUCAUUCAUUCUGAAUCAAUCACAACCACGUCGAUCGUACAGCACCGAAUCUCUCUUUCGUCUUAAUGAAACAAAUUCCGGACUGCUUCAGCCGGUUCUUGACAUUGAAAACAUCUUCCGUAAUGAAAUCUUAUUUCAAAAUUCGGUCUCUAAGCGUAAACUUAAUCGAAAAAGAGUGUCAAUAGUCAAAGAACUUUAUUCCAAAGCUCUCGAAGCGAAGCAAGUCAGAGACCAAAUUCAGCUUCAGCGGGACGAUACCACAAACAGAGUACAAGAACUUGUUCGUUCCGAGAAGGACAAGGAAAUUAAAGCGGAAGAAAUGAAGACUUUAAAAGAAAAUGGACGAAAAUUAAGAGAACAACUUAGAGAGUCUGACGCGAAGUUUAACCAAUUCAAUGACGAAUUAGUAGACUAUGUGUUAUCUCUGCCCAACUUGUUGGACCCAGAAACUCCAGAAGCUGAAGCCACUCUUUUGAGUCAGACGACGGUUCCUGAAGGAGUCAAAAAAUGGGAGUUUCCUGAAUACACUGCCAUCGAGUCACCAGUGGGACCCGGACUUCUGGCAGAAUUUCCGAUAGGGCAAAGUGCCUGGUUGGACGUUCAUUUGAGGGAAAAAGCUCAAACACACUUAUUAAAAGGUGGAUUCGUAGAAACUGGAAAUGCAGAGUAUGUUAAGCGAAUAAUUUUGCAAGGGGCUGGAAUUGACCCGAGUCAGUUUUUGCGAAUUCGUGAGCCGAAUGUGAAAAAAGGAUGGGAGCACGCCACGUAUUUAGCAGGUGGAGCGUCCUUCCCUUCGUUCCUGGCAUUAUUCUCGCAGUCAAUUAUUGAUAGUCCACGAUGCCUCCCUUUGAGAUAUUUUGUUAUUGGACGAUCAUACAACACUCACAAAGACCGACCAGGAAGCUAUCAAAGUCAUAAUGUUCAAGCUUUCGUUGCCUGUCAAAAUGAAGAAGAGAUGGAACAAGAGUUCAAAAAACUUCAAAGUCUUAUGGAAUCAUUCUAUUCCACACAAGUCGGCUUCCCAUUCCAGACUCAAAUUGUUCCAGCAUCCCGUCUCAAGAUGUAUGAAAAGAAGAAACUUGCAUUUGUCAUGAACAAAACAGAUCAGUCACCAAGUAAGAUGGUAGGAACGUUAUCAGUUGUGGGGGACUAUGUCAGCAAAAGGCUUCUCUGCUGCUAUUUUGAUAACAAGAAAAAAACUAAAUUUCUUCAUUUAAUAAGCGCACAAUUCUUUAACAUUACACAUUUCCUAAGAACUUCGCAGCCGAAAAAGGUUGACCAUACUGGUUUGCCUGUUGUAAAUGAGAGUCGUGUUCUACAUGUUGCGAAUGAACUGAAUGCCGAAAAUAGGACCAUUGAUCCUACCACAAAAAUUCCCUGAUGACGAUCACUUUAACUUGCAGUAGGGUGUGACAUGGACGUAGCGAUUAAAUAAUAAAUCAUGCUAGUGCUAAUAAUUUGUUUAA